AUGUCGGACUCAGAGUCGCUUAGAGAGCUCGAAGACGAAAUGGACGACUACCUAGGCCGUUAUCGCGAACAGCGGAUGGAGGAACUGGCAAAGGAGAUAGAGCACGCGAAGCGCGGCCAGGACGCGUACCAGGAGGUGCAUGACGAGGGAGAGCUGAUGCGCAAAACGGUCUCCACCCAGACCGUGGUGAUUCUAUUUCAUAACCCAGAAUUCCAGACAUGCCAGAUGGUGGACAGCGCUCUUAAAGAGAUAGCUUCCAGAUACUACGCUACACAGUUCUACAAGAUUGAGGCCACGGAGGCGCCGUUUCUCGCCGUUAAGCUGCAAAUCAAAGUUCUGCCGUGCAUCGUGGUAUACCGUGACGGCAAGGAAGUCCAGAGAGUGGUAGGACUGGAAAGCCUCAUUGAUGGAACAGAUCUCGGCACUUUCACAGCCCAGAGACUAGAGAACUAUUUCCUCAAAUGUCACAUCAUCAGGCCCAGAGCCAUGGACAUGAAGCAGUGA